AUGGCCUACAUGUCAAUGAGGUCUCCUCUCUUCCCCUUUGCCAUUGUUAUUGCCUUGGCUCUUGCCCCAUGUUCAUAUGGGCUGAACCAACCAACAAGACAAUCUUCUAGUUUAGCCUCCACAUCCACCACACUGAACUACCAUGGAGGCCCUCUCUUGUCCACACCGGGCAGCAUCAACAUCUACCUCGUGUGGUAUGGAACCUUUCCUCCACAAGAAAUGGCCCCAAUCCAUGAUUUCUUUGCUUCCCUUGGUUCCUCUGGGGGUCAGCAAAAGCCCACGGUCGCAACGUGGUGGAGCACAAUCUUGGCGUACAAAGACAAGGCUGGGAAGCCAGUCUCUGGCAGAGUCCGGGUUGCUGCAUUUCAUGAGGACAAAACAUGUUCUCUAGGGAAGAAUAUCAAACGCCCCCAAAUAGCAAACUAUGUGAAGAAAAUGAUGGACACCCAAGUGUUCCCUUUUGAUUCUAAUGGGGUGUACCUGUUUUUGACUGCUAAAGACGUAGUUGUAGAGCGGUUUUGCUCAGGAUCCUGCGGUUUUCAUGAGAACAUGGUUGUUUCCCCGAGGGGAAGAGUAGUGUAUGCACAUGUUGGAGACCCUGGGACGCAGUGCCCAGGUCUUUGUGCUUGGCCUUAUGCCAUUCCCGCCUAUGGUCCACCAGGCAACCCGCUUGUGUCACCUAAUGGGGUCGGCAUCGAUGGCAUGAUAAUGAACAUCGCCACCAUUCUUGCCGGAGCUGCCACUAAUCCUUUUAAGACUGGGUAUUUUCAAGGCAAUGCACUGGCACCACUCGAGGCUGUCACAGCAUGUCCCGGAAUAUUUGGUCCUGGAGCUUAUCCAGGAUAUCCCGGAGAGUUGAUUGUGGACAAAUUGACCAAGGCAAGCUAUAAUGCUUAUGGGGCUAAUGGCAAGAAAUUUCUACUUCCAGCAAUCUGGGACCUAAAAGGUUUGAACUGCAAGGCUCUUGCUUGA